ACCGUUGCUUUACCUAUGAUAGUCUCUCUGGUGGGACCCUGAUCAGUGGAGACGGACGUUUUUAUACCAUCACUAAUGGAUUCUGCGCUUUUCAAAUGCUCUGAUCAGCGGCUAUAUUAAGGCUUUGAAUAAGGUCAGCAAUGAAUAGCUUUGUUCUCAGCACCACAUCCCAGUUGCAAGAGAGCUGCAUUUGCCUUUGACGAAGGGCGGAAAGCAAAGGACAGUGGGCAUAGGUUUCUAUAUGUAGUAUCCAUGAUUAAAAGCUCAAAUCUGGUGCAAAUAUGGCUGAAAACCCUGAAGACCCCCUUGUAUUGUUGGAGAUCCUGGAGGUGUUAGGUGCAUGCCGUGGGAGCGUGUUGUACGCAGACAUUUGUGUCUAUCUGAGUGGACGCUUCAGCCUGCAGCCGCUUCUAGAAUUACGAAGUCUUUUGUACUCCACUGCCUGUAGAGACCCCUGCUUCCCUUCCACACUCUUCCGAGAGCGACUUCACCCGCCCUGCAGCAACCGGCUCUCAGCUGCCGCCGAUGUUGUCUCUCUGUUCAACCUCCUCAUGCACACCCGCACUGCUCCUACAUACACGCAGAACCUGCAGUCUCUGACACCCUGUCAGGUCUGUGGGAAGGGAUUUGUGCGUUACGACUGGCCAGCUGCCCUACCCGUCACAGCAGGAGGGACCGCCUCUGAGGACUGUAAAUAUGAGAACCUCCCUUGUGAAGUGUUCAGUCAUAACACAGAGGCUUCACACGCUCAGACCACCUCUGCGUUGGUCACUGAGCCUCGCUCACAUAUACACAAUCGGGACAGCAUGCAGAAUGCGCAUUCUGGGGACAUUCCCAUUGAUGAAAUCAAUCAGGAGGCUGGCAAGACACCGGUGACCAAUCAGGGAAUCCACGUUGCUCGUUCCUGCUCGCAGAAGAGGAGUGCCUUUAAAGAAGGGAUCCACAAUGUUCCACUCACAUCCAUGGAAGGCGGCGGCCAGUCAGAUCAAAGUCCAGAUGGACCAAGAUCAGAUGGAGAGGACUUGGUUUACGCUUCCCAAAAGAACCCCUAUCCAGACCCUGCAACAUACGCAAAAGACCACCACAACCCGGCAUCACAUGCGCAUGAGCAUUCGUAUGUUUACAUGACUCAUUCGAAUGCACCUGAACUGGAUGCACACGUGGGCGACAUGCAAUCGUACAAUGAUUCCGCAAAUCCCUAUGACCAUCAGACUCAGUGGCGCCAGGCAAAGCAUGAGAGUUUGGAUGAACUCCAGACAUCCACCUACUUCGGCCCUUCUGUCUCCAGCCGAAAGCACCAAACCUCCGCUCCUCAAAUCAAAAGCCACAGCUUGGACAUCGACAGCAGGACAGCGGACGAAAGACCUGAGCCUGAAACGACCGGCCUGCAGAAACCCAGAUCAGAGCGGUCUGUCUUAGAGAAGUCUGGAUUACGAAAACCAGGAUCUGUUAAACUUAGCAUCGACAGAUCGAGCUUCGACAUUCCCGGUUUUGAUCCUCGCAUCGUCAAUACGGUGCAGGAUACUUUCAAACGGCUUAGCGGCAUGAGUUUGGACGCAUGGUACGAUUGGUCAAUAAGCAUCGAGGGCAUGGUAAGCGUAGGCACCCAAACAGAGCCUGCAGAUCGACGCGCUUUACGAAGCCUCAUGCUUGCCGAUAAACUCUCCAUUGAUAACCCUGACAUCGGCGAGGAUGACAUCAGCGCCAUCUUCCGUUUCCUAGAUGAUAUUAGCAUGUGUGGCUCCAUGGCAGUUCUGCCAGGGGAAGGAGGAGGAGCUCAGGAAGGGGGCGGAGCUGGGCUGCCAGAGAGACGUGAACGUUUGGGAAAGUUACGGAGGUUGUUUCACUCCUUGGAGGCACCAGAAGAGGGCGUGAGAUGGGGUGUGGGGCGCUUGCUCCAGCGGGUCACGGAACUGGAGCAACAGCUAGAGCCAAUUGCAGAGCUACGUGAGCAGCUGGCCCUUGUGCUCUCCACGCUAAACCGCCUGGAGCAGCGGGAGCAGGUCGCAUGCCUGCAUCAAAUGCACAUACAGCCACAGCUCACAGCACGGCCUAGUGUGCAGCAACAGCAGGGGUCCCCACGGACCAAUCCAGGGACAGAGGCCAUCAACGAGGCAGCGGCGAAACGCAGGCAUCUGUUUGUACGCAGGACCUCCAGGAGCCACACGGAGAGCAGCGGAUCAGAAGCCCCCAGAGAGUGGAGCAUCAGCUUCAGCAAGGAGCCACACAUACAGCCUGCAAAGUUAGAUCAUUUAGGUGGAGUGCAUAAAAGAGAGGGCUCUGUAGUGCAGGAAGUGACGGGCUUUCACCUCAUGCCACCUGAGACCCACAAUGCACCACGCCGCACAUCUGUCCAUAGCACUACUCAGCAUAUGACUGAACGUCCCAAAGUGACCUGGAGCCAGUCAGACUUAACACCGCUGGAUUUUCAGGCGCCUGAGUCUUUGGAGUUCUGGACGGAUGAGAUUUACACGCCGGCCUCCGACACACUCCUGCGGCGUUCGCAUUCGUUCACACGUUGCAGCAGGAACCAGGCGUACCGCAUCGCUGCCCUCAGCAUCACUGCCACCCUCAUCCUCAUCCUCAUCAUCGUCAUUCCAGUCAGCACCGCUUAACACACAUGCAGCCACAUUGAAUGGACCUAUAUGUGUUUAUUUGAUAAUAUUAUCAAGAUUUUAAAGAAUGCAUGAAUUCUUCAGGAACCCGAUUUGACAAACUUGAAGCAUGGCAGACUUUAAAACCUAUGCAAAAAAGACUACAUUUCCUGAAACCUUCAGUGGGCCUUUUUGGAGUUCCCUUACCUUUAGUUUUGUUUGAAUUUAAGCAGUUUAUCAGUUAAAUGCUUAUUUGGCAGUUUAUGGCCUGAGGACGUUCCGGUAUGCCCUCUUUGUUGACGGAUGCUGGGGAGUUCCCAUUAGUCUAAUCUAAUUCUGCUGAAACCUGAGACGACAUCCACUUGCUCGCACAGCGGCACACAUUUCUCUCUUCCACACCUCUGCUCUCUCUCCAUUUAAAUGCAUGGAAAAUCCAUUACUAGUUGCAAAUUUGCAUGCAACUGCCCUUUAAAUCGGCUAAAUGUCCCCGUAUUUGGAGGAAAUGCUGAUGUGUGAGAGAUAUGAAUCUCGUCUCUGUUUUAGUUUGAUGCAUAUUCUUUAUUACUGACCUGAACUUGUGGUGAACUCCAUCACAGUGCUACAAGACAUAAUAUCCUCCCUCACAAAAGCUUGAAAGAAAAGGAAAAUGAGCCUCCAGAGAUCCAGAAUGGAUGCAUGAUGGUGGAUCAAUACCGGCACGCAUUUUCCAUUUGCUGACAAACAACAGCAUGCAACUUUUAAUGGGCUGUGAUGGGACUGAGUGAGUGCGGGAGGGGAGAGAUCGAGAGAAAAGGAGUGUUUGUCCACUUUUAUUGAGCCUGAUGUUUUCGUAGUCCCACUUCUGUCUGAUGUGGAUGAUUAAUGAGUGAUUUUCCAGUUGGAACCGAUGCUUUUUUACAUGCAGUUUGAUCUAUGAUCCAUGAAAUUGUAAUUCAUCUUGUGCUAGAGACUUCAGAAUGAAUGAUACCUCAAUCAAUUACUUUUCUAAAUGAUCAGAUUUGCAAUCACAGGCUAGUAGGCGAUCACCUUGCAACCUCCCAGAACAUCUUAGCAACCAUGCACAGCUUAAGUACUGACAGGCGCUCAAACUUAGCAAGCAAAUAGAAAGCCUGGGCAAUGCUUUAAGCAGCACCAAGUUAUCUGAAUACUGCAAUGUGAAGACAAUUGAAUGAGAUGUCCUAAUUUAAGGAGGCAACGUUGGAAAAGUUUUGACUUUUGACAUUAUUUUGUUUGAUAUUUUUUUCUGUUCAUCUUGUAGAAAUAGCCUAUGCAUUUCUCCUCAGAAGCAUACCUGUUUUUCCAUUAUGACUGUAUGAACACAUGCAUUUCUGGAUUGGGAUUCCUCCUUUUUCAGGGCACCUUCGACUGUGAAAAUAUUCCUUUGUUUCUUCAUAAAUCUGGUUUUGGUUAUUCAGUGG